AUGUCUUUCUCUCAAUCAUCCUUCAACAUCACACUCGAAAACCGGGGUGGCAAGAUUUUUCUCUCAUGUGAGGCCGAAAGCGAGUCAGGCAACGUGAGAUAUACCGAAAUUGAACUCGAUGAGAAGAUUGGGAAUAAUGGUGGUUUCUUUGGGCCAGGGUCGAAUUUCACCCAGACUGCAAGAAACGUCCAGUUGGAAUUCGACGGUCACGUCCCGUGUCUGAAGGCCGAAUUUCAAAUGAGUAGUGGAAACUAUCGCGACCGUAUGGAGAGCAUAAACCUCGACGAGUACAUUGGUAACGAUAACGGUAAUCUGGUCUGGAAUGUGUGA